UGGAGGCAUCCAUUGCUGCAUAGGGGACGGCGUAGACGUAUUGCCACCAGAGUGGAUGAACGACAAAUGCAUUCCUAUCACGGUGCCAGAAACCGAUGCUUUCUAUAGAUACUAUGGUGUCAAAUGCCUGAACUUUGUCAGGAGUAUCACAACUCCUAGAGACGACUGUAGCUUGGGAUAUGCGGAACAGAUGAACACAGUAACCAGCUUUUUAGAUGGUUCCAACAUUUACGGCUCGGAUAAGAAGUUGGCUUCAAAACUGAGGAGCAAGAGAGGCGGCCGUUUGAAGGAAGGAUACAAGGACUACAACAAACGAGGGUUCCUGCCGACUGCAGAUGACAAGACGGCUAUGUGCGAUUUGCGAAAUAUCUCGGAGCCCUGCUAUUUGGCUGGUGACGGUAGAAUAAACCAAACUCCAACGUUAGCGAUGCUACACACGCUCUUCCUUCGGGAACACAACCGUGUGACAGAUAUCCUCAAAACCCUGAAUCCUCUAUGGACAGACGAGAAGCUGUACCAAGAGGCAAGGAGGAUCGUCAUCGCAGAGAUCCAGCACAUCACCUAUCAGGAGUGGCUCCCCUCUAAUUUUGGUGAAACCUACCUACGGUACUACCAUAUAACGCCAUCUACACUCUAUAGUCAUGAUUACAACGAGGAGGUCAACCCUGGAAUCAUCAACGGCUUCACUGCAGGCGCAUUUAGGUUCCUUCAUUCUACAAUUCCUGACACCAUUAUGACUUGCCCUUCAAACUACUAUGCUGCUUAUGCCCACAGAAUAAGCGACCACUAUCAAAACCCAAGUCUUCUAGAAUCUUCCACGGAAUCUUUCGAUGACUUGGUCCGUGGUAUUUUGACGCAGAGCGCUGCGGAUUCAGACACUUUCUGUUCCUCACAAAUCAGCAACUUGUUGUUCAAAUCAAGAAACCUCUGGGGUCUGGAUUUGGUCGCAAUGGAUAUCCAGAGGGGCAGAGAUCAUGGCAUUGCAUCGUAUAAUGAUUACAGAGAGCUAUGUGGACUUUGGAGGGCCCGGACUUUUCAAGACUUGAGUGGGGAAAUAUCUCAAGAUAGAAUAUACGCCCUUUCCCAAAUGUACGAGUGCGUGGAUGACGUGGAUUUGUUCGUGGGAGGAGCCAUGGAGCGCCCGGUCCAGGGUUCGAUCCUCGGGCAUACCUUCCAAUGUAUAGUGGGCGAGCAGUUCUACAGGACAAGAGUCGGCGAUAGAUAUUUUUAUGACAAUAGCGAGAUGCCUCAUUCUUUUUCACCAGACCAACUCCAAGAGCUGAAGAAAGCGUCUAUAGCUCGCAUCAUCUGCGACAACACGAAUGUUCCCUAUGUACAAAGACGCGCCUUCGAGUUGGAGACGUCUGGCAACCCUAAGGUCGGCUGCGAAGACAUACAGCGGGUCGACCUCACCGCUUGGAAAACUUCGCUUUUCGACUAAGCCACAGAAUAUUGAAACUU